AGUUGUGGGGGGGACGCCGAGGAGGUCAGAUAAGAGAGCGCGCUAUCUCACCCUCUCGCAGCCAUGGCGGCGGUGUCAUCGGACUUGGCCACGGCCUUCUUCGGCCUCGCGAGGCGGCACACCGCCGUCGCCUUCAACCUUCGGGCUUCGAUCCUCGCGGUCGCUCGUCGGCGGACACCUGUGUCCAUCUGUGCCCGGGCAUACGCCGUUGGGGCGAAGCCGGCGGUUGUGGCCGGCCCCGGACGGCUCGCGAUCUCGACACGAUCGCGGGCACACGCCCGACGCUUCGCUGCCUCUGCAGCCGCAACGGACGAGGGAUCCGACCUCCUGACGAAGAUUCCGCCGGACGACCGCAUCCCUGCCACCAUUAUAACUGGGUUCCUUGGCUCCGGGAAGACAACUUUGCUAAACCAUAUAUUGACUGCUGAUCAUGGAAAGCGCAUCGCUGUUAUUGAGAAUGAGUAUGGAGAAGUUGAUAUUGAUGGAUCAUUGGUUGCUGCAAAAGCUGCUGGGGCUGAAGAUAUAAUUAUGCUCAAUAAUGGUUGUCUUUGCUGCACUGUUAGGGGUGAUCUAGUUCGCAUGAUCAGUGAAUUGGUUUCAAAGAAAAAGGGAAAUUUUGACCAUAUUGUAAUAGAAACUACAGGUUUGGCAAAUCCAGCUCCUAUAAUCCAGACAUUUUAUGCAGAGGAUCAGAUUUUUAAUGAUGUCAAGUUGGAUGGUGUUGUUACAUUGGUAGAUGCAAAGCAUGCAGGUUUUCAUUUGGAUGAGAAGAAGCCCAGAGGAGUAGUCAAUGAGGCAGUUGAGCAGAUUGCCUAUGCUGAUAGAAUAAUAGUGAACAAGAUUGAUCUUGUUGGGGAGUCUGACGUAUCCUCAUUGAUUCAGCGGAUAAAGAACAUUAAUAGCAUGGCCUAUUUAAAGCGAGCAGAAUACGGAAAAGUUGAUUUGGAUUAUGUUCUUGGGGUUGGUGGAUUUGAUCUGGAGAGGAUUGAGAGCGUUGUAAAUGCUGAAGCUUCCACUGAAGACCAUGAUCACGAUCAUGAUCAUCAUGAUCAUCAUCACCAUGAUCAUCACCACCAUGAUGAGCAUGACCAUGAACAUGAGCAUCAUUCUCAUUCUCAUGCUCAUGAUCACACCCAUGAUCCUGGUGUCUCAUCUGUGAGCAUUGUCUGUGAAGGGAACCUGGAUCUUAACAAGGCAAAUAUGUGGUUGGGAACAUUGUUGAUUGAACGUAGCGAUGACAUCUAUCGAAUGAAAGGUCUCCUGUCUGUUGAUGGCAUGCAUGAGCGAUUUGUGUUUCAGGGUGUUCAUGACAUUUUCCAGGGUUCCCCCGAUAGAUUGUGGGGCGCAGAAGAACCCAGGGUCAACAAGAUCGUAUUUAUAGGAAAGAAUCUAAAUGCUGAGGAGUUGGAAAAGGGGUUCAAGAGCUGUUUGCUGUGAUGAUAUUUCCCCAGUGGAAGGUCCAUACCUCAUCGAGGUAAUGCAUUAUUCUUCCAUUUCACCUCUGAAUUUUGUCGUCCCAGAGAUCAAUCGAGUUACAAGUUUUUUUUUCUUUUUUCCUUUUUCUUUGUUGAUCUUGAGAUAAUAUGCUUAUCACCCACGACAAUGGACAAUAAUACAUUAUCCUUGCCAUAUAGUUGAUGCUGAUGACAGCUUAAAAGU